AUGGCCUGCUGGCAUCUGGCCCUCCUUCUGACUGGGGCCCUCCUGUCCGUCUCUCAGCCAGGCUUGGCCCAGCCGGAUGCACUGCUGGUCUUUCCAGGCCAGGUGGCCCAACUCUCCUGCAUGCUCAGCCCCCGCCAUGCCACUGUCGGGGAGCACGGCGUGUCUUGGUAUCAGCAACGGGCAGGGAGUGCCCCCCGAUAUCUCCUCUACUACCGCUCAGAGGACAACUACCACCGGCCGCCUGACAUCCCUGACCGCUUCUCGGCAGCCACAGACGCCGCCCACAAUGCCUGCAUCCUGACCAUCAGCCCCGUGCAGCCUGAGGACGACGCAGAUUAUUACUGCUCUGUGGGUUACACAUCCUAGGGGUGGAGUGUGGGAUGAGUGCCUCUCGUCUGCCUCUCAUUUCUGCACUCUGACCUUGGGCCCCCCUCUUUCUUCAAAUCUUGAUUUUGCUCCUCUGUAAAAUGGGUUAAUAAUAUUAAAUCUGUAAAAAAUAAUAUCAAACGUGAACAAUAACUAUGCGGAGGGCCAUGAAAUUCCUGCUGAAAAAGUGACUGGGAGUGUGGGGGUAGGGAUUCUGGGGAUUGUUACAGAAGAGGAAGCACCUGAGACCCUUGGGGCAGGGCCCAGCCUCUCUACUGGCCCCCAGGGGGCUUAGACUGGUGGCCUGGGC